AACCUAUUGCCCUUAUUCGCUUCACUAAACGUUAUGACCUGCAGUGUACACCAACAUAUAUAUAUAUAUAUUUGUACAUCUGCUUACCAAAUAGGCACAUAAUAAUAAGUAAUAAUUGAAGUGUCAUCUGUAUCCGUAUAAACCCAAGUGUUCACACUUAUUUUUUACUGCUCUGCUGGUGAAAGUAUGGCUCAGUUCAUUUUACGCAUCGGACAUGUGUUGUGUGCUCCAAAACUGUCUUAAACAUGUCCUUUUCGUUGCAUCGCUCGUAAUACAAAUGAUUAUAAUCUGUUUUAUGCUGCAGGACUACAAGCAUAUUCGUCAUGGAACUACCAGUAAGCUUUACCGACAUUUCGAGCAACUAAAGGAACUAAAAGUAUUUCCUUUAGAUAGAGGCGAUCCCGAUGUUUUUAGGAUGAAACACUAUUUUGAUAUUUGGACACUUCAUAGCAUGUGCGGGACACUGAUGACCAUACUUAAGUUCAAGGACCUCUGCUAUCUGCAGUGGUGGGUGCUCAUGACCUGGAUCUACAUUGUAGCUGGCCUUGCUCUUCACUUGCUUCUGCAUGACUUCCACGAUGAGUUCUAUGGUAUUCAUGAGAUGGUUCGAAAUUACUUUGCUCUUGGUAAGCAAAUAGCAUUUGGUUACAUACAUAUGUAUAUGUUUGGUAUUUAUCUGCUUAUCCGAUUGUCGUAAAGGUUACAUGACUGUUUGCUGCUUGAC